AGUAAAUCAAGGGGCCAACAACAACAUCAGAAAGCAAAGCAAGCAGAGAAGAGAAGAGAAGAGAAGAGUAGAGGAGAGGAGAGGGAUGGGUAGAGCGCCGUGCUGUGACAAGGCAAACGUGAAGAAAGGGCCGUGGUCGCCGGAGGAGGACGCCCGGCUGAAGUCGUACAUCCAGCAGCACGGCACCGGCGGAAACUGGAUCGCCCUCCCUCAAAAGAUCGGGUUGAAGAGGUGCGGGAAGAGCUGCAGGCUACGGUGGCUGAACUACCUCCGGCCCAACAUCAAGCACGGCGGGUUCUCGGAAGAGGAGGACAACGUCAUCUGCAGCCUCUACGUCACCAUCGGCAGCCGGUGGUCCAUCAUCGCGGCGCAGCUCCCCGGGAGGACCGACAACGACAUCAAGAACUACUGGAACACCCGACUCAAGAAGAAGCUCCUCGGCAACAAGAAGCACCACCACCAUCGCCGCCUCAACCAUCCAUCUGCCGCUACUAGUAACCCGCCGCCGCCCGAGGACGACAUGAUGACGAUGAUGAUGCAUCAUGAUCAGCACUGGCAGCUCUCACCCGCAACCACGAUGCCCCACCAUGGUUACAAUAACGACCAGGCGGCCUACUCGGCGGUUAUGGGAAUGAACACGGUGGCAGUCUCGCCCAACUCCUCCGUCGUCUCAAUCGAAAGUUGUUCCGCCUCACCUCCACCAUCAUCGCUACUGUUCCAUGGCGGGAUGCAGGCAGCUGCUUUCCCUGUAGGAGGGCUUGAUGAUCCGCUGCUUCUCAUGAACGACGGUUUCGAGGGUUGGUAUGGUAAUUACCACAUGGGUUCGGCGGCCACUACUUCUUUGGACAAUGCUACUAACUAUUACGAGAAUAAUAAUAUGAUGAUGAUGAAUGGUUUUAGUAAGGUGAUGAUGAGCUCUGAUCUCCCUCUCGGCGUUGGUUCUGAUCAAAUGCUGUUCCACCAGCUUCCAGCCAUGGAGGAGGAUUCAUCCAUCUACUUGUCGCCGCCACAAGUAUGACUGCUUGCUUCUUUCUUCUUUCCCUACAGCGUCCGCCGUCCAUAUAGUACUACUGUAAAGCCAUUAUUCCUUCUUUUGAUUACUUUUUAAUUAGUUGAGACAAUUAUUAUUAUUAUUAUUAUUGUUAUUGUUAAGUGUUGGAUUGGGAAUCCUGAGAAGAUAUCAACAAUGAGAAAAAGAGAGAAGAAACAAGGAGAUAGAAUUGAAGGAAGGGGGGAAAAAGAGAGAGCCGUAGUGGAUUUUUACUGUAGAGACAUCAGAUCUGUUUGUGCAAUUAACUCCAGGCUAUAUAUAAUUAUUAACAAUUAAU